AUGAAAUAACAGAGCAUAGAUUAUGAAUAAUGUCUCUUUUAAUGCAAAACUAAGAAAAAAUAAUUCAUAGGAAAAGAGAAUAGAUUUAUAUAUGUGUUUGAGGAUCGCUUGAUAAUAAAUAGGAACUAAAAUAAAGGUGAUCCUGCAAGAGUGAUAAUGUUUGAAAAUUUAAAUAGAGUAAAGUGGAACUAUUCAAUUAAUUCAAAAACCUUCAAAACCUUUCUUAAAAGCUUUACUUUAGAGACUAAUAAAGAAUUAUUGAAAUAUUAUGCAGACUUUGAGAUGUUAAUAGCUUUAAAAAAGAUAUUACAGAAAUUUGUUUAACAAAGUUCCCUUGAAGAUGAAUAUGAAACUUAGCAGGUAUUGGGAGAGGGUAGUUAUGCUGUAGUAUUUCAAUUGAAAAAUAUUUUCACUGGAUAGCAAUAUGCGGGAAAGUGUAUAGAGAAAAAAAAACUUGAUAAAAUUGAUAAAGGAUUAAAGGCAGUGAUGAAUGAGAUAGAAAUUAUGAGAAUUUUAAGUCCACAUGCUUAAAUAGUGAAUUUACAUGAGGUUUAUGAUGGUGAAAAUAGUAUAAACUUAGUAUUGGAUUUGUGUUCUGGGGAAAAUUUGUAAGCAGAAUUAACAAAACGGAAUUUAAUUCUAGAAGAUUCAGAAGUUAAAAUUGUAAUUAUUUAAAAGUAUUUUUAGAUUUUGCAUCACCUUUUGUUAGCCGUUGAGUAUAUUCAUAGCAAAGGAGUCAUGCAUAGAGAUUUAAAACCUGAAAACAUACUCUUUUAGAAACCAUAAGAUUUUACAACAUUAAAGAUAGGUGAUUUUGGCCUUGCUACAAUAUAAUCUGAUGUUCCUUAUCUUUAUCCUAAAUGUGGUACUCCGGGAUAUGUUGCUCCAGAAAGUAAUUUCUAUGUUUUAAUUAGAGUAAAGUUGCCAAUUUAGUUGAAAAAGAUAAAGAAUAUAGUAGAAUCUGCGAUAUCUUUAGUUGUGGAGCAAUUUUUCAUUUACUUUUACUAGGAGAGGGAGUAUUUCCUGGUAAAGGACAUUUGGAAUUACUUAAAUUAAAUAAAGAAUGCAAUAUUAAUCCAGAUGAUAAGAGAUACGAUAUAUUAACAAUUGAGUAAAAAGAUCUAUUGUAAGAAUAAUCAAAAUUAUAAGAUUUAAAAUGCUGAAGACUAAUCCUGAUCAUCGCCCUUUUGCCAAAGAUUUACUAAAUCAUCCAUAUUUUACUAAUUAGAAAUUAAAUGCUGUUGGAAUAUUCAGCAUGAAUGUGAUAAAAUACGAAGAUGAUAAUACUUUAGUUAUGUAGGAUUUAAUCCAUUCUCCAACAAAAAUUGGAUUAGAAAAAAGAUUUUCAUUUUUAUAAAUGAGUAAUGAAAGAAACACUCCUGUGAAAAUUAUCUGAUAUACAUUAUACUGUUCAUUUGUAAAUCAUUUCUUUUAGAUAAUUAUUUAUUAUAUUCAAUUUAUUAUAAGCGAAUUUGGCCUUAAAUCAUGGAAUCUUUAGCUCAAUAAAUUAAGGCAUUGUAAUCGAAGAAUCAAGAGCUUUCUUAAUUAGAAAAUAGACUGGUUUAGUUAAAAUAAUAGUUAAAAUUACAAGAAUCGAAUAAUCAUAUAAUAUAAUAGAAAGUUAACAAAAUAUUGGAAACUAAGGAAAGCACAUAUUAAGAUCAGAGAGAUGUAAAUAUUAUUAGUAAUUUUAGUUAUUAAAAUAACUUGAAUAAUCUCAAAGCCUCAAAGAUGCGAAUUAUAAUCGUAUUCGUUUAAUGAAGCAAUCAUAAGUUGAUGAAACAAUGAAAAUAAAAUAAUAAUUAUCAGAUGAUAAACUAUUGAGAACACUUACAUAAAAACAAAACUCACAGAUUCUUUAAUAUCAACUCAAAAAAUUAAAAGAUCAGGAGUUAUAUAAUAAGCAAUAGUAAUUUAACAAAGUAAUUUUUGAAUAAGAGUUUAUUUUAGAUUUCAGAAUGGGAAUUCUAAAUGAAGUAAGAUCUAGAAUAUAAGAAGAACGAAAAAAUUGAAAAAAUAAGAGCAGAAUAAUUAUAAUAUAAAGCUUAAUUAUCUUCAAAGUUAGAUUAAUAAUAAUAAUAUUAUCAAAAACUAUAAGACGAAGAAUAAUAAUUAUUAAGGUAAUUUUGUCUUUUAAACAAGUUAGCAAAUUACACAAUUCAUAAUCAAUUGCUUAGAAUUUAAAAUAAGACUUAAGUUAAGCUUAAAGCCUCAGUAUAAAAUUUUAUAACAAUUCAUUGACUACUAUCUCCUCCUCUAUCAAAUCAUAUAGUGUGCCAAAAUUAACAAAGAAAUAAUUAGAAAGUCCUUAUGCUCAAAUUCCUGCAAUUCUUAAAAUUAAAAUCAAUAAGUAAUGUUAAAUUUAAUAGUAGAGAAAAAUCUUAUGGUGGCAGCGAUAACUUCUUUCCUUGCAUUGAAAAACCUAGCUAUUAAGAACAAUAAAAAUAUAUGGAAAGACUGUAUUAAUCUAGAAAUUAGCUUCCACUGAAUUAACAACAUGAAUAUCAAGUUUAGAAAACAGGGAUUCAAUAAUUUAAAUAAACAAGUCAAUCUCAUUUUGAAUCCCAAGGUCAUAAUCAUACUAGUAAUAGAACAAAAUUUUUGAGUUCAACUUAAACCGGAAAAUAGAAAGAUUUUGGCACAAUAACGAAAAUGACAGACACGAAUAGGUCAAACAAUCAAAAAAAUAGCAAUACUUAGUAAAAAGAUACAAAGGAAUAAUAAGAAUAGAAAAAGAUAGAAACUGUAAAUGAUUCAAAAGAUAUUUCAAAAAAAGAUGAGUAAUUAGAAAAACAAAAAAGUCUAAAAUAAGAAAAUGAAAAAGAAUAGCCACCUUAACAAGAACAUGAAGAAGUUGAGGAAAAUUAUGAGGAUGAGAAUUAUGAAGAAGAAUUUAAUCAAGAAUAGGAGUAAGAAUAAGAGUAAGAGUAGGAACAGUAAGAAAAUGAGCAUUAAUCAGAACAGAAAGAUAAUAAAGAAGAUUAUGAAGAAGAAUAAGAAUGA